AACUUAAUUUGAUUUCAGAGAAAUAGAAAUGACAUCGUCAAAUCCACCACAAGACAAAAUGAUCUUCAAAUGCGAUAAACAAGCUGCAAUUGUUUCUGAUAAACUCCUCAGUUUCUAUAAACAAAACGAAUUAUUCGACACUGUUCUGAUUGCUGGAAGUGAUUGCGUUAAUAUCCAAGCUCAUAGAGUCGUCUUGUGUGCAUUUAGUGAGUAUUUCUUAGAAAAGUUUCGUACAACUUUACAGCCAAAUAAUAAUAUAAUCCAACUCAAAGAGAUCGAGGCAUCUACUUUGAAAUUGAUAGUAGAUUUCAUGUACACGGGUUCUAUUGAAUUGAGUCUCGCUAAUAUCGAUGAACUCUUGAGAAUUGUGUCGUUUUUGAAAAUAAAAACAUUGAUUGAAGGUUGUUGUGAGUUGAUUGAACAAAACAUAAGUUCAAGCAACUCGUUGGGAUACCUUCGAUUAGCUAAUGAAUUGAGCCUGCCGACACUGAAAGCCAAGUCGCUAGAAUGUAUUUAUACUCAUUUUGAGCAGAUUUCAAAGGAAAAGGAAAUUCUGAUGCUUAGUAAAGAUGAAUUAAAGGAUUUACUCUUUAAUGACAAUCCUUAUGGGGAUUUUGAAGAAAGUGUCUUUUUGGCCAUGGUGGCUUGGAUAAAUUAUGACAAAUUCAAUCGGACUCAAGAAUGCUUUGAGCUUCUGUCAAUGGUUCGUUUCGAGGCUCUUACACCCAAGUUUAUUGUGGAAAAUAGAAAAUCGGUUUGUAAAACUUUGGAAAGCUACGAGUUGAUUUGCAGUUGGCUCCAAUGGCAUUUGUCCCCUGAGACACGUUCAAAUGAUCAACCGAAUUGUGCUUUGAUUCCAAGGAAGAAGACUGAGAAGCUUGCAGUAGUAGGAGUCUUAGAAGAUGAAGAAAUUUGUAUUCAAACUUUCAAUUCCAAAGAAAAUUCAUGGUCCAUCGAAUUAAAAAAAACUUUACCAUCGAAACGACCUUGUGCUGAAACAAUUAUGAUUGAUAAUAAACUGUUUGUUGUUGGAGGAUACCAUAAUGGUGAAUUGACAAAUAAAGUGGAAUGUUUAGAAAUGGACACAAAGGAUUGGGCUGAUUUUCCGUCGAUGAACACACCUCGAUAUUAUUGUCAGUUAGUUGAAUUAAAUGGACAUUUAUGUGUUUAUGGUUGGGAUAACAUUGACAUGCCAUGUAUAGAAAUCUAUAAUUUUUCAACAUGCAAAUGGGAUGAACUACAACCAAUAUCUCAACCAAGUAUAGCAAGCAGAAUAACUGGGCACAAUGGGAAAUUAUACAUUCUCGAUUUUGAAAAUGGCUUUUUGCAAUCUUUUGAUGUCUCUUCAAAUAAAUUUACUUGCAAAGCUGUUGCGAAAUCUUCACUCAGAUCUUUUGGUUUUGCAGCAAUUGAAAGGUUUCUGUUUGUAAUUGGUGGGUAUGAAAACGGAGAAUAUUUGAAAACUGUUAAACGAUACGAUUUAUCUAAUGAUUUUUGGUGUGAAAUGGCAUCUUUAUCAAGGAGUCUAGAAUGCCCAACCUCAAAAGUUGUUGGAAAUAAAAUUAUAACUUGCAGUGAACUUAACAUUGAAGAAUAUAAUAUUGACAUGGACAAAUGGAAUACUUUGGGUUGUUUACCAGAAGAAGUUUACUGGUUGAACAGAAUGACUAUUCAUAAAUACAAUAAAUAA